AUGACGGAAGUCAUCAGCGCCGCCAGCUCCAUUGUGAGUCUCCUUGACUUUUCUCUCAAGGUUAUCACGACCAUACGCGAAGUGAACCACGCGUAUCAUGAGGCUCCGCAAGUCGUCUUGAACCUUGGGGGUAAUCUGGAAGCUAUUCAAGAGAUUCUGGAGCUUGUCCGAGAACAACCUGACCUUCAAGUUAAAAUUGUCGGGGAUGAAGUUGCAAGGCUGAAAGUCACCCUCGAACAACUCCAAGAAGUUCAUGAAAAAAUGCAAGAGAGGGCAAAGAAAAAUAAGGUCAAGAGAUAUGCACGUGCGGUGCUUGAUCAUGACCGAGACAGUGAAGGAAUAAGCGAUAUUUUGCGUCGGAUUGAUCUCCACCAGGGAUUCCUGACAGUCCGUAUUUUGGUAGUCAACGUUGGCAUGGCUGGUAACAUCCGGGAUGGAUUUCAAGUCGCUUGCGACACUUUGACUCAGGUUGACCAGAGAGUGAAAGCGGUGCUUGGCGAAGGUCUCCGGAUCAGGCGCGUUUUACAAGACCGAUCUCUGCUACCUGCUGGAGAAAGUGAAGAAUUUAUUUACUUAGCCGAUGACGAUAGAGCUGCUAUCGAGAACGCUACAGCAAGAAAGAAUCCGACGGAGUUACAGGCUGAGAUAGAACGAUUUGUGACUAAGAAUUUGAAGGCCGGCGAUAACCUGACGUAUUACGAGGGCGAUCUUGGUUUCGAUAACCCGAGCACGCCGGGUCAAAGAUCGGUGAUGGAAGAUAUUUGUCUAGGAAAGGACGCUUCGGUCAUUCGUGGCAAUGUUUCGAAAGAGGCUUCAGCUGCCUUUAUUGCUGGAUUGUGGGGUUAUAAAACCUAA